CCGCCGCCGCGCAGUGCGCAUGCUCCGUGGACUCGGUUUCUGUCCCCCCCAAUAGUUUACUGCGAGAUUAUAUUAUGUUUACGACUGUACUGUACGGAUAGUGUAGAUUAUGAAUGGGAUGAAAGCCUAGGUUUAAGGAAAUCGCCGUGGAGUCGCGGAAUCCGUUGUUUUGAGCUGCUGAAAUCAAAAGCGAAAGUUCGCAGCGGCGCUGUGGUUUCUCUGCUGUUAUUUAGGUUUCUUCUGUCAUGUCAUCUGUAUAAACAGUAAAAGUCAGCGUUUAAUGUAUGAAAAGACAGAAAACAAACUCAAUGACGCCGAUUGCAGCAAUUUUGUUUGGAUACUUCAUGACCUGCGCUUGUGCGGAUGGGGUUGCAGAUGUGGUGCUGUCCUGUGACCUGGUGGAGGAGGGGGUCGGACUAGGUGGAAUGGGAGGUGGAGCCGCCUUCACGAGGACCCCGGCUACGCUGGCCUUACGAGAUGUAGCGGUCACAGCUGAUGAGUCCCUCAAAGCGAUCACUCCAUUUAUGCCGCCCAGAACCCCAGAUCCAGAUCUGCUGCUGUUUGAAACCGGAGUGUCAUCGCCUGAGAUCCCCAACGCGGAGGUGUUGCUCCACGCGGACUGCAACGAGCAGGAGGUGAUGUGCGAGAUCAGCCGCUACUCUCCUCGCGGAUCGCAGGAAGGCUCAGACCCAGCUUACUUCAUGGUGUCUCUGGGCGUGGAGGGAGUCGACCUCAGCGCCUCGCUGAUUCUGCAGACUGUGACGGUGGAGAAGAAUCCAUCCACACUGAUACAAAGCAAACUGGGUCUGCCCCUGAGCCCGUCGGGCACCCUGCUGACUGAGGUGAUCUUCCUGGUGUUUUCCCACAUAACAUCUGUAUCUGUGCCACUGAGGGGAGACGUCCUCCUAAACUGUGGCUUCAGGCAGCAGAACACGCCUCUUUCACAGGAAGUGGGAGUUGAGUGGAGACUGCAACACAGAGGAAAGGGGAGGAAAGUGCUUGAAAUGCAGACAAGGCUGGAUGAUGCAGAGGAAAACACAGUGGUGAAUGAGGAACGAACGGGCUCCAGCAUGGAUGUGGCCCAGGUUGUUGCCGAGGGCAACGUCUCUCUGAGUCUGACCCAGCUGAAGGUGUUGGAUGAGGGGACCUACAUCUGUACAGUCAGCCUGGGCCACUUUCACGCCCAGCAGGUCAUUCAGCUGCACAUAGUUCAACCUCCUCAUGUCUCGCUGUCACAGGAGACGCUGGUUCUGAAGUCCCCCCAGACGCUGGCUUGCCACUGCAGUAAAUACUACCCACUGGACUCCCAGAUCGAGUGGUUUUACCUCUCGCCCGCGGACACGGAGCCGGCGGCCUCUCCAGACAGCGGCUCUCUGUCCAGCCACCGGCAGCACGGCGAUGGGACCUACUCCCUGUCAUCCCAGCUCACCGUGCCCACCGGCGUCGCCCCGGGAACCAAGGUCAUCUGCAGGGUGUCGCACCUUACCCUGGACGCUCCGGUGUCUGUCAGCGCGCUGGUAAAACCCCCCGAACCAGAGUCCUACUGGUACGUCCUGGGUUUCCUGGUCAUCACUGUGCUUUUCUUUUACCAGGUUAUGAAAUAGGUAGGUAGAAAAUUCAGGUUCAGUAAAUCUUCUGACUUGAAGCUGAAGUUAGAAAUUCUUUAUUUUUGUGUCAUUUGUUGCGAGUCUUUAAAUUAUUGCUUAUUUUAUUGAAAGACAUCACUGCGCCGAAACUGUAUACUUUUACUUUACUUUAAAGUCUGCUGUCUGUAUAAUAUAUGGUUUUAAUUUGG